CUCCGGGCUCCGUUCCGGGAAUGGUUCUGAAGGCGGCGCGUGAGGCUGUUUCCAGGCGUCGCUCGCAGCACCUGCUCAUCAGUCGCACGCGCUCAGCCCGUUUUACCGCAGUGCAUCUGCAGCAGCCUCUGAACCCACAGACAGAGGUGUGUGGCGUAGGAGCAAAAACCCCGCACAGGACGCCCUUUGUCUGAUCGCCUGCUGUUUAUUUUAUUUUUCUUCAUUAUUUUAUUACUAAUCUUCUUCAACCCUGGAUUUUAUAUCCGUCCGUGCGCUCGCGCAGUUUUAUCUGCGACGCUCGCGCAUCUCUUCCACGAGCACGGGGUCAUUAGAUAGGUGAGAUUGCAAGUCUUUCCACUGUCCGCUGCCAUCACAGGAGAGGACUGGAUAUUCCUGUGUUUUCUUCUCCUGGAGACGGACUGAGCUGGAGGAGACGAGGCCUCUAAAUUCAGGACGGCAGGCUCCGAUCUGCCCGAUCCCACCAGGAUCUGCCACUACCAUUACACCCUCUCUAUGAAAAAAAACGUGUAGCCUAUAAGAGGUAGCCAUUUGAUUCUUAUCUUACAGCAUGCAAAUUGUUUAAUAUGCACUGGCAUGUACGUGUAUUGUAGUAUUCCGUAGCUUGCACACAUAAACACCGAGUAUAAGUAUUGUGGAUCUGUGCCGUCUGUGUUUAGCGUCAUUAAAAUAGCAGUGCAUGUGGUCCAUGCAGGCAGAAAUGAUCGCUCUGUGCAUCUCUCACUAGGACCUCAGGGACAAAGAUAAUCAAAUCUCAGGGUGUGGAUCUGGGGAACACUGUGAGUUAAAAAGGGACAUCUGGAUUGCUUCUGGAGCUUAUAUUAAUAGCAGAGAGGUCAGCACUUUGAAUGCAGGAUUGCAGUCGAGAUACAGUCUGAGCGGAUGAAGAAAACCCUGGUGUUUCCAAAACAGCAAUAAUUUGUGGCAAUAAAUUCUGUCAACAACAAGAAACUGCUUCUGGAUUGAGCCAAAGAAUCGAGACAGUUGGAGUGGAUCCACGGGGCUGUUAUGAGCAGAGAUUUAGGAGCACAAAGAAGGCCAGUGGACAGAUUGCACUUCACAAUGCAUGUUUAGCUGCUAGCCUCCAGGCAUCUGCCAUCAGCCUGCAUUUUACAGAUAAGCUUUGAUCCUCCUGAAAUAUACAAGUAAAUAUAUGUUCAGCUCCCGCAAGAGGUGCUCGUUUCCUGAUCGUGGAUUGAAGCUUCUCCAUCACAGUUCUUAGUCUCGUGGCCCUUCAUCCCAUACAAAAAGUGACUCUGAACAUCUGGAAACAUGGCGCCGGUGCACCUGUUGUUCCUUUCUUUGAUCAGCGUCCUGUUUGUGUACCGGUGUCACGGAGCCUGUGCAGAGGUGGACUCUGACACAGAGGCCGUGGCGGGUAAAGGAUUCAAGCUGGGCUGCAUCUCCUGUAAGAUGAGGAGCGAGGUCAAAGGCUCUGCCACCGUCGAAUGGUACUUCAAGGCCAAAGGGGAGGCCGACUUCGUUCACAUUUACACCUACAACGAUCAAGGCGGCACGGUGGAGCACGACGACUUCAUGGACCGCGUCAACUGGUACGGGAGCAAGAGGAGCCACGACAUCCAGGACGCCUCCAUCUACCUGGUCAACGUCACCUUCAACGACUCGGGCACCUACACCUGCUUCUUCAACCGCAUCCUCUUCUACGACAACUACGAGUACUCCACCGUCAUCACCAAAGUGGUCCACCUCUCCGUGGUGGCCAAAGCCACCAGAGGUACAGCUUCCAUCGUGUCAGAGGUCAUGAUGUACGUGUCCAUCAUCGGCCUGCAGCUCUGGCUCCUCAUAGAGAUGAUAUACUGCUACAGGAAGAUCGCGGCAGCCGGGGAGGAGGCGUUACGAGAAGCGGCAAAUGCUGAGUAUUUGGCGAUAGCCUCGGAAAGUAAAGACAACUGUGCAGGCGUGCAGGUCGGAGAAUAGCACAGGCUUCCUUCACGGACUGAAAACCUCCUUCCACCCUCUGACCUGCAUGACGACCUCGAGAAGAACCUCCUUGUCCAUCUCAAGUUUCUACUCCACCCUCACGUCGGCGAAGACCGCAAGUGGACCUGGCGUACAGAGAGAGAGAGCAUGGUACCAGCACUGUAUAUAGUAUUCUGCGCGCAAAAGCAUGUACUGCACUUAUAAGAGAAACCAUUAUGCAUUAAUGAGCCACAUUGUCAAAAGCAUAUACUGUACAUGCAGUAUUUUCUCCGAGUAUAUGUAGUCACGCAUUUAUUUGAAACAUAAGGGGUACUGUGAAGGUCUGCUGGACUGUGUGAGGCUAAUUUCAUGGGAAGGCUUUUUACUAAUUCAUCACCACCGGAUGUAUAAAUGAGACACAAACAACGUGUAUGGUUAAAGUUCUUUCUAAAAAUAGAAUGUGUUGGACUAUGAUAGACUGUAUUUCCAGUUAAACUGCUAGCUGUACAUUCAGUGAAAUCCUAAAGGUGUACUAAUAAAAGUGAAGAAAACA